GGUUGGCAGGAGGAAAAGCAGCAGGCGACGCCGGAGUGUAUUUAUUGAGUUGCAUCAAGAAGACAUUUCAUCAUGAAGAAACAGGACACACAAGAGUCGUCCACGCAGGGCAGUGAUGCAGCACCUGGCACGGUAGAGAUGGAGGGAAGCAAGGCUGCAAAAGAUGUUCCAGAGACCAGUAGCCCAGAAGACGUUACAGACGCUGGCAGCCCUAAAGAGAAAGAGCAGGACAUAGCUUCACAAGCUGAUGGGGCUGAAAUGGCAGUGGCUGCCGUUUCCAACACAGCAGAGUCUGCAGCCGUCCCCACGGUCCCACCUGUAGCAGACCCUGUACCAGUCUCCGCUGUAGCAGACCCUACCCCAGUCUCCACUGUAGCAGACCCUACCCCAGUCUCCACUGUAGCAGACCCUACCCCAGUCUCCACUGUAGCAGACCCUACCCCAGUCUCCACUGUAGCAGACCCUACCCCAGUCUCCACUGUAGCAGACCCUACCCCAGUCUCCACUGUAGCAGACCCUACCCCAGUCUCCACUGUAGCAGACCCUACCCCAGUCUCCACUGUAGCAGACCCUACCCCAGUCUCCACUGUAGCAGACCCUACCCCAGUCUCCACUGUAGCAGACCCUACCCCAGUCUCCACUGUAGCAGACCCUACCCCAGUCCCAGUAUCCACUGUAGCAGACCCUACCCCAGUCCCAGUCUCCACUGUAGCAGACCCAGUCUCCACUGUAGCAGACCCAGUCUCCACUGUAGCAGACCCAGUCUCCACUGUAGCAGACCCAGUCUCCACUGUAGCAGACCCUGUACCAGUCUCCACUGUAGCAGAGGGGGUGUCGUCUCAGUGUGACAUGGCUGAGGAGCUGAGCCGCCAGCUGGAGGACAUCCUCAACACCUACUGCCUGGAGGACAACGGGGAGGACGGGGUUAACCUGCCCAAUGGCCAAUCACACGGCCCUGUGCUCAAUGGCCUGGCCAAUGAGAAGGAGUUGGAUAUCAAGCGGUUGGAGGUCAAAGUGAACUCCGGCGGAGCGGAGAAGGAGAAAGUGAAGAUUCAAGAGAAGAAGAAGGUGAAGGGGCUAGGUAAAGAGAUCACCCUGCUGAUGCAGACCCUGAACACUCUGAGUACACCGGAGGAGAAACUGGCAGGCCUCUGUAAGAAGUAUGCUGAACUGCUGGAGGAGCAGCGGAACAAUCAGAAGCAAAUGCGUGUCCUGCAGAAGAAACAGUCUCAGCUGGUGCAGGAGACAGACCACCUGAGGAACGAACACAGCAAGGCCAUCCUGGCACGCAGCAAACUGGAGUCACUCUGUAGGGAGCUGCAGAGACACAACCGCACACUCAAGGACGACGGGAUGCAGCGUGCACGUGUGGAGGAGGAGAAGAGGAAGGAAGUGACAUCACACUUCCAGGUGACUCUGAAUGACAUCCAGGCCCAGAUGGAGCAGCAUAACGAGAGGAAUGCCAGUCUGAGGCUGGAGAACUCUGAGCUGGCAGAGAAGCUCAAGAAACUCAUCCAGCAGUACGAACUACGAGAGGAGCACAUUGACAAGGUGUUCAAGCAUAAGGAACUUCAGCAACAGUUGGUGGAUGCUAAGCUACACCAGGCUCAGGGUCUGCUCGUAGAGUCAGAGGACCGCCAUCACAGAGAGAAGGACUUUCUGCUGAAAGAAGCGGCAGAGUCUCAGAGGAUGUGUGAGCUGAUGAAGCAGCAGGAGGUGCAUCUCAAACAGCAGCUGUCCUUAUACACAGAGAAGUUUGAGGAGUUCCAGACCACUCUUUCAAAGAGCAACGAGGUGUUCACCACAUUCAAACAGGAGAUGGAGAAGAUGACGAAGAAGAUCAAGAAGCUGGAGAAGGAGACGACCAUGUAUCGCUCCAGGUGGGAGAGCAGCAACAAGGCCCUGCUGAACAUGGCUGAGGAGAAAACUGUGCAGGAGCGUGAGUUUGAAGGCCUCCAGGGGAAGGUAGGGAGGCUGGAGAAGCUUUGUCGGGCGUUACAGAACGAACGCAACGAACUCAGCAAGAAGGUCCAGGGCCUGAGCGCCGGCCCCGAGGACGACACCAACCCAGGAGAUGAAUCCACCUCCCUCCCCCCCAUAGACUCCCAGGAGCCCAGCCUAGACCCCGACACCACCACCCCUAGUUCCCCCACACCCUGCUGCCACUUCAGCCCAGAGUUGGACACUGAGAACCAGGCCUGUGCAGAGGAAUAAAACCGCUCGCCUGGGCAACAACGCUCACACUCUCCUCUUCACCAACCAACUACCAGCCUGCAAGCCAAGCCACUCUACUAACGUAGGCGUUAAGAGUGUGGGACUGUGUAAUUCCCUCAAGAAUAAGAUGAAGUUGUCCCCUAACCACAGAUCUAGGAUCAGUUUAUAUUUGGUCCAUCCUAACUUAAAACCCAAUAGGGAGGUGCAAGAAAAUCUGAUCCUGGAUCUGCAGUCAGGUAGCAGCUUCUACUUACUCUGGUUCCCCCCUGGAGAGUUGAAGGUGAUGUCAGUCAGGGAAGAUUGAAGGUUCUUAUUCUGCGUUUUGGUCUUGGUUUUUUGUCCGUUCCUUUGAGAACUCCUGUACACAAUGUUCAUGUAAAUCACAAGCUAAAGAAAGUCUGUGUCCCAUUGGCACCCUAUUCCCUACAUAGUGCCCUAUAUUUCACCAGAACCAUAUGGGAAUGGGAUGCGUUGGCACCCUAUUCCCUACAUAGUGCCCUAUAUUUCACCAGAACCAUAUGGGAAUGGGAUGCGUUGGCACCCUAUUCCCUACAUAGUGCCCUAUAUUUCACCAGAACCAUAUGGGAAUGGGAUGCGUUGGCACCCUAUUCCCUACAUAGUGCCCUAUAUUUCACCAGAACCAUAUGGGAAUGGGAUGCGUUGGCACCCUAUUCCCUACAUAGUGCCCUAUAUUUCACCAGAACCAUAUGGGAAUGGGAUGCGUUGGCACCCUAUUCCCUACAUAGUGCCCUAUAUUUCACCAGAACCAUAUGGGAAUGGGAUGCGUUGGCACCCUAUUCCCUAAAUAGUGCCCUAUAUUUCACCAGAACCAUAUGGGAAUGGGAUGCGUUGGCACCCUAUUCCCUAAAUAGUGCCCUAUAUUUCACCAGAACCAUAUGGGAAUGGGAUGCGUUGGCACCCUAUUCCCUAAAUAGUGCCCUAUAUUUCACCAGAACCAUAUGGGAAUGGGAUGCGUUGGCACCCUAUUCCCUAAAUAGUGCCCUAUAUUUCACCAGAACCAUAUGGGAAUGGGAUGCGUUGGCACCCUAUUCCCUAAAUAGUGCCCUAUAUUUCACCAGAACCAUAUGGGAAUGGGAUGCGUUGGCACCCUAUUCCCUACAUAGUGCCCUAUAUUUCACCAGAACCAUAUGGGAAUGGGAUGCGUUGGCACCCUAUUCCCUAAAUAGUGCCCUAUAUUUCACCAGAACCAUAUGGGAAUGGGAUGCGUUGGCACCCUAUUCCCUAAAUAGUGCCCUAUAUUUCACCAGAACCAUAUGGGAAUAGGCUGCGUCACAAUUGGCACCCUAUUCCCUAAAUAGUGCCCUAUAUUUCACCAGAACCAUAUGGGAAUAGGCUGCGUCACAAUUGGCACCCUAUAUAGUGCCCUAUAUUUCACCAGAACCCUAGAUGAUGUUGGACCAGAAGAGUAUUUAGUAGGUGUGUGCGUGUCUCCAUCGGUCUUUUUUUUGUGUGUGUGUGUCCGUCAUAUAGAGAGACAGUGAAGCUGCAGAUGUCUGGCCACAGUUAGACUUCAACCCAGAGCAUGUAGGGAUCACCUUUUCAGUUCAGAGAUCAGUGUGUAUAUCUCUAGGUUGGGGAUGUCACUUUCUUUCAUUCUGUUGUAGAUAUCGUUGUUUAUCACAGAACCAGAGGUAUGGAGCCAUUCUGUUGUAGAUAUCGUUGUUUAUCCCAGAACCAGAGGUCCGGAGUGUUAAUGGAUUAAUUCUGUUGUAGAUAUCGUUGUUUAUCCCAGAACCAGAGGUCCAGAGCGUUAGUGGAUUCAUUCUGUUGUAGAUAUCGUUGUUUAUCCCAGAACCAGAGGUAUGGAGCCAUUCUGUUGUAGAUAUCGUUGUUUAUCCCAGAACCAGAGGUAUGGAGCCAUUCUGUUGUAGAUAUCGUUGUUUAUCACAGAACCAGAGGUCCAGAGCGUUAAUGGUUUCAUUCUGUUGUAGAUAUCGUUGUUUAUCCCAGAACCAGAGGUCCAGAGCGUUAAUGGUUUCAUUCUGUUGUAGAUAUCGUUGUUUAUCCCAGAACCAGAGGUCCAGAGCGUUAAUGGUUUCAUUCUGUUGUAGAUAUCGUUGUUUAUCCCAGAACCAGAGGUCCGGAGUGUUAAUGGAUUCAUUCUGUUGUAGAUAUCGUUGUUUAUCCCAGAACCAGAGGUCCAGAGCGUUAUUGGAUUAUGUACGUAUUCUUUAGGAAUCUUGCACAAUCGGUGGAUCCACACAAAGUACUCUUAAACCAGGGGUGUGUAAUCUCUAGGAACCAACAGGGAAGGGACUAAACUGAACUUGUUUCAAUAAGAAACGUAUUUUCCGUUGCAAAAUGUUUCACUGCGGUGUGCACUACUGAAUACACCCCAAGAAUAACCUUGUUUGGGUUUGUUUCUUUCUAUCAUGUUAACAGCAGAGUUUGUAGACUGUUUCAUAUGUUAUUUUAACACCUGUGUGUAUCUAAUGGAGAAACACCACUAUAUAGAUAUCAGUCCAUUUUUUUUCUUAAUUGUGAAGUAAUUGAGAUUUUUUUUUUUUUCGUCAUCAUUCCCACAAUAUGCAUGUAUCCAUUCCACUAUAUAUAUUUUCAAAUGUCAUUUUACAACAUUUGAUCCGAUGGAAUGUUUUUUCAUGCUCCCUUUCCUUGCUAUCAUGACCAUGUAUAUGUUUAAGAUGUAAGAUUCCAUAACCACUGAAACAGAUAAUGAAAUGUACUGACCAAGGUGGCUACCAAUCAUUUCAUUCCUGUGUGUGGGUGAGUAAACGUAUCCUAGCAAGAUUGUUGAAUCACAACUCGGAUAGUUCGAUUUGUUAAUCAGGUGCAGUAAUACUGAUAUUGUAACUGAUAUUUCUAUGCAACCCCAGCCUCGCUAUUUAAUUUUGUGGCAGUUUGAUUUGACAAGAACUUAAUAACUGAGAAUGUAUUAUCCACUCCAGUCCUCACACACUGUCCUGGGGUGUAUUCACUAAUAACCAAACGUUAGGAAACAGAAUGUAACCGGGAGGGAACUACCUGAAUUCAUCCAAUAGAAUCUUGUUUUCGGUUGUAAAAUGGUUUGCUACGGUUUGUGAAGGUGUACACUAAUGAAUACACCCCCAGACGUAAACACUCAGUUGACCCGAACCACAGAUCUAGGAUCAGAUUACUCUAGCCCAUUCCUAACCCUGACCAUUGGGAAGGUGAAACAACUGACCCUGUAUCAGUGGUUAGUGGCAAUGUCUACCUUCUCCUAUAUAAACCGUGUAGUGUUCAAGUUGACAUGGUUAUGACUCUGGUGCCAGUCAGUGUGUUACCCAUACUGUUUUAAAAAAGGAAGACAUAUUUUCUGUUCUGUACACUUGUUGAACGGGAAGUUUAUUUUCACUAUCAAGAGUCAUGUCGGAGGAAGAAUAGGUACGAUUAUUUCAAUGAAAGUCUCCAUAAAUUGUCUUUCUGUCGUGUACACUUGCUGUGUCUCCCAUGUUUCAGAUUGUAGCAUUUGUCCGGGUCAGGGUCCGGGGGCUGCAGUUUGAGGAAUGCAAUAUUUGUCUUUAUCUUAUUUCUUUCAUAAUCACACAGUUUAAUCACAAGACAACCCUUAUUUCCUUUGUCUCCUAAGACUGACUCACUGUAUCUUGAUCCUCGCUGGUUUUUAGAGAUUCAGCCAUGUUGAUCAAUAGUUGUUUCUAUUUUCCUAUACUUUUGUCUUAUCCUGUGUACUUAUUUACUUGCUCAUUAAAAUAUGUAUCUGUUAUGUGA